ACCUAUUUAUUUAUUUUAGUUAAUUGUUACGCGGGUUACUAAUCUAGUUGAUGUCCUAAGCAUUGCUGUUGCUUCCUUCACUUGUACAAGCAAAACCUUAACCAUAAUCUUCUUCCUUGCUUCCAUUCUCUCUCUCUCUCUCUCUCAAAAAAAUAAAUAAAAAUAAAAUAAAAUUCUCCUAAGAACUAAGAAAGGAUCAUGUCUUCCCCUAGCAAACGAAGAGAGAUGGACUUGAUGAAAUUGAUGAUGAGUGAUUACAAGGUAGAGCUGAUCAAUGAUGGCAUGCAAGAGUUUUAUGUUCAUUUCAAUGGACCCAAUGAAAGUCCUUACCAUGGAGGUGUGUGGAGGAUAAAGGUUGAGCUACCAGAUGCGUAUCCCUAUAGAUCUCCCUCAAUAGGCUUUGUUAAUAAGAUCUACCAUCCAAAUGUUGAUGAAAUGUCUGGCUCAGUUUGUUUAGACGUUAUUAAUCAGACUUGGAGCCCCAUGUUUGAUUUGGUAAACGUGUUUGAAGUAUUCAUACCACAGCUGCUUUUGUACCCUAACCCAUCAGAUCCAUUGAAUGGCGAGGCUGCAGCUCUGAUGAUGCGUGACAAGCCUGCUUAUGAGCUAAGAGUUAAAGAAUACUGUGAGAAAUAUGCUAAGCCAGAGGACAUUGGUGCUGCCCCAGAAGAAAACUCAAGUGACGAGGAGUUGAGCGAGGAUGAGUACGAGUCUCUUGAUGAUGAAAUGGCAGGCCAAGCAGAUCCGUAGUGGGCUCUUGCUUGGCCUCCCAAGCUUGUUGUAUCUGUACAUGUUUCUAGCUUCUGUAAAAAUCAAUCCUAACAAAUGAACUUGUUUAUUGGGCAGGAAAAAAGAAUUCCAUGGGCUCUUUAUUUGUU